AGCAACUGCAAGGAAACUUUGAAAUGUGUUCUACAAAAUGUGACGAUACUAGCAGGACGAUCCUUUGGUGCGCACCACGUGCCAUCUCGACUGCUGUGGCGAAAUGCCUAAGCUUCGUUGAGGAUUGUGAGGUAUGGUUCGAAUUAUACAGCUACGCUAGAGCCGCAGGGGUGGAAUACAAGUACCAAACCCAACUUGACAUCCCGAUGGAGUACCUAGGAAACGAAGAGAUCUUCCAGAAGGUCAAAGGGAUGAUAGACAUCUUGGCAAACACCCCAUUUGAAGCUGAUCGACUCCCAUAUGGAUCAAUAAAGCAUCUCCUUGAAGAUUCUACCGCUAAACACGUUUUUGCAAAAGAUAUGGGAAUGGCUAUGACAGAGGGGUAUAGGGAAUACCUACCGAAUGGGUAUCGACACACCUUUCUUAUAAGACACCCAUACCGUGCUUUACUGUCUUAUCGUAAGAUGGUAUACAACCAUUUCUCUGGUCUUGGACUUUUUGAAGGUGACGCAGCUGACGAAAAGAAGUUCGAUAUCGAGCGCGAUGACCGAUUCUUGCCAUCUGGUCACUUCGUCAAGGAACUCUACGAUUUCUGGAGGUAUCUCCAAGAUACAAAUAUCGAUCGCAAUCCGAUCGUCAUCGACGCUGACGAUCUGCUAUCAAACCCUCGUGGGGUUCUCUCAGGUUACUGUCAUGCCGUAAGCCUGCCGUACAACGACAGUUUAUUAACAUGGGACGGCUCAACCGAGGCAUUUACCAAGAUGGUGGCUCCUGGUGACAGGCUUAUAAUGGAUUUGGUUCAUUUCUACGGGACUGCUGUGAAAAGCACGUGUUUCCUCCCGCCCAAAAGGAUGCCGUCACGUGACGAACUACCUCCUGACGUCAUCAGGUGCUCUGACAAGGUUGUGAAAUAUUACGAUGAAAUGUACGAUAGGCGACUCAAAGUUUGA